AUGGCAGCUACACAGCGCGUAGAUGCUCUCGACUUCCUGGACGUCGCGCACGAUGACGAGCUUCCGGGCUACGGCGAGGCUGAGACGGCUCCAGCCUACGAUGACGGCGCAUACGACGGGCCCCUUGUUACCUACCAUCUUCGCCAGUAUGACCGCAAGAUACAGAUGCUCGCUGCCUACAAUGGGCCGCUCGCCUCUUCGUACAGAAUCACAACGAACAGCUUCCGUGUCUUCUCGAAGAAGCCGGAGAUGGAGGUGCUGCAUACGUCGCAGGAUAUGCGCCAGCGCAAUAUAGCUGCCCUUUCGUAUGACAACGACGGAGGGUUCCCCUGGCGGCCGCGCGCGCAUUUUGACUAUGCUUCGGAGGACGGGUUGCGUACAAAGUACAAGAUGGAGUCGCUGAACUUUGAAGACUGGAGUCUCACGGUUGGAAACAAGACAUACGUCUGGGUACUCGAGAUGCGACCGAUCGCAUUGGGUGUGUACGAGAAAGGCUCUAGCAAGGUCAUUGCGCGCUUUACGUUUUCAGACAAAGGUGUGUUGGCUCUUAGAGGCGCUGAGGUCGGUGAGAUGACUGUGUUUCGCGAUGGGCUGACACUGGCGCCGGGUGGGAUUGACAAAGUCAUCUGUGGCACCAUGGUUGUCCUCACCUUCUUCAAAAGAAUGGGCAGGAACUAUACGAAUCCGAAGAUGGAUGGGUUGGCGAGGGUAGGCUCUGUGACAGGAGGCACGCCGCUGCCGUCGUUGCAUAGGGGCUCGACAGCAGGCUAUUCAACCGUGGGCAACUGGGCAGGAUAA